UUUCAUUAAAUCCGUAAAAACAAACAUCCAUACAUACAAACUUUCGCGUUUAUAAUAUUUGUAGGAUUUGGCUAACGAUUGCAUUUGCCAUUGGCAGUAUAGAUUUGAUUGGUUCGUCAAAUAGCCGUGUCUACAAGCAAUAAGUAUGUUGCAAGCAGCUAAAACAAUUGAUAGAAUUCACUCUGAAAUUAUAGAUCUACACGGGUAUUUCGCCCUCGCAGUUUACAUCCACUACUACGUGGCGGGCAGCUUGAAGUACCGAACUAACAGGUAUACGGUAAAACUGGGACAGCUGAGACAAGUCAUAGACAGCCCGCACGACCCCUUACUCUUCGCCACCACCCGAAGAUGGCUGCCGAAGGGCGAAGCCCCCUUCCCUGGCUACUGCAGGGCUCCCGGUAGUGGAAAAUGUUUACCAGCACUUUGCAACUGUAAAAAACUCAUUGAGAGAUGGAACACCCAAGUAAUUAAAAACAAAGCAAAAAAGGAAAAAAAACCCAAAUAAUAUAAUCGUUC